CAUGCCUGAGUCGGAAACAAAAAAGACAAUGUGUACAAUCAGCAGAAGUUAAGAAGAGAACACGCCAAUAUUUUAAUUUUUUUAUAUGUUUUAAAAAUCUAAAUGUGGUGGCUCUUUAAUUUACAUUAAAGGAAGUUUUCAGUCAGGCGACUACACAAAGCUUUACAUUUUCACAUUUCAGGAAGCUGAAACUGAAGCCAACAAAACGGUGUUAAAAUUCACAAAAUGGUAAGGACACAUUCUGACACUGCUGCAAAAAUACUGACCACGCUGAUACUGUGUGCACUACUGUCAGUACUGUCAGUACUGCAGCACAACACUCCAGUAAAACUGCACUCUUCAUUUAUUUUGAGUUUUCUCAGGUUUCAAAUCAGUUUCUCUUGUAUUUGGUCUGUUCUGUUUGUUGCUUUGAAUCGUUUGAUUUGUUCCGUCUCAGCAGAUUCUGAGAUCAUCAUCAUGAGGAAGAAGCAGACAGUCUGAAGAGACGAGCAGAGAGAGGAAGAACAUGUGACCACAUCCUGACAACACACACACACACACACACACACACACACACAGUCAGUCAGUCAGUCAGUCAGUCAGUUGCAGCCGAUGAUGUUUCAGGUGAGACGUUAUUUCAUGUAGGUUUCAUUUCAGACUAAACAUUUCUGUUCCCUCAGUGCUGUUACUCUCUGAUCGCUCAUCAUUGACGGUUGUUUUAUUCACGCCACGCUGUCAGUCUUUCACGCAUCGCGUUGUGACAAAUUUAAAGUUUGAUGGUUUAAAUGGUGACCGUGUGCUGGUUAAAUCCAAAGACGUCGGUGAAGUUUUUAUCUGCUUGCUGUUGGCUUCUGAGCGACAGACAGAAGAACAGAAAAUGUGGUGUGUGUUUGGGAUGAAAGUAAACUCGUCGUGUCACUUUAAGAGCAGCUAAGUUGUGUUCAUCUGCGGGUGUGAAUUCUCAGAAGUGUCCUGUCACAUUCACACUUAGUCAUAAAGUCCCGCUCAGCCGCGCUCAGCCACGCUCAGACGCGCUCAGACGCUCGCCGCUUCAGCUCUGACACCGCAGAGGCAGGUGACCGGACUUUCUGUCCACGGGGGACGGACCCCGAGGUGUCCUCGUGGAGACACACCUGAAUUGCGUCAUCAAUCACUGAUCAGACUUCCUGUGUGUCCAUCUGCAUUUCUUCAGGUCCGCGUGAAGACGCCUUCCCGAGUCCACAGACACACACCUUGACUCUGCGUUAACAAGUGUGCGUGUGCGUCUCAUCAUGUCCGACCUGUGGACAUUUUCCUCGUCCUCUGCUCCUCCCAUCAGCCAUCACUCCACUCUGUCCCAGUCACCUCCAUUCAUCUCUCCUGCCUUCUCCUCUUUGUCACCUGGACACCAUGGAAACCGUCCUCAGGCACAGGUUCCCUUCUAUCACCUCUCGCCUCACGCCCAGGUGUCCUCACCUCACCUGUCUGAGCCCCAGGUGACGUCCUCUCAGCUCCUCUACCAGCACCAACAAACCUCCCCUCACUGUGUGUCCUGGUCCCAGGUGACCUCCCCUCACCACAGUCAGCCACAGAUAACCAGCUCCCCCCUCCUUCCUCAGGAGCAGGCAGCCUCCCCUCACUUCCCUCCCCCCUACAUUACCUCCCCCCACCAUGCAGCCCAGACCUCCUCCCACUUCCUCUUGGAGCCUCAGUACCACAUCUCCAACCAGGUUCAGGAUCCAGGUUUAGACGAUCCAAACUGGAGCAGAGCUGACCCACCUUCUGAGCCAUCCAGCUUCUCCUGCCAGGACCAGACCACCGGCCACCUGGACCUGCACAACCAGAGCCAGUUCGGCACCCACCACAGAGACGGACUGGAGAACACGCACACGUUCUUUGCUGGUGGUGUGUACGAGCAGGACGACACACCUGGUCCGCUUCAGGACACCUGGAGGCCGUUGCUGUCCCAGCUGCAGUGCUCUCCGCUGGGCCGCGUGUCUGGAGACGUCGGCCCGGCUAGAUGGAGCUCAUCGCCGGCUGAAGACAGUUUCCACAGCAAUGCCCCCCAGCCCUUCUGCAGCCCCAACACCCCCGGGCCGAGUCCUCAUUACCCACAAACCCCAGCUGUGUCCAGCCCUGGUCCUCACGUGCAUCCCAGGGAGGAGAGGCUGGAUUUCCACACCCAAACACCCAGACAGCUGAGUCUAGACAAAACCCUCAGCUGCUGCAUGCAGUUCGACAGCUUCCCUCCGAUGACCUCCGAGCCCCAUCAGUCAGGCCAGCACCUCCUCCAGAGCCACAGCGAGCUGACCCAGGACCAGGCGGGCCUCCUCCACACCACUGGGAACUCAGAGAGCUGCUUCUCUCCACAGGGAAGAGGCCAGCAGGUCAGCAGCUCAGCCCAGCCUCCAGGCCCUCCUGCCGGGAUGAGCUGGAGAGAAGAGGGUGGAGGAGCAGCAGGAGGAAGAGGAGGAGGAGGAGCUGCUCAGUCAGACUGGACUUGGGUGAAGCAGCCACAGACUAAAAGCAGGCCUGAGGCUCCGGACUGCAGGUUGAUGUGUUCGGUGUGUAAGCGAGACUUCAGGAGCCUGCCGGCACUGAAUGGACACAUGCGCUCCCACAGUGGCUCCAGAUCAGCUGUGUGUUUGAACAAGGGCGGCGCCUCCUCUCCGCUGGCCCCUCCCUCCGUCCCCUUGGUGAUGCCCGUCACCGUUCCCGUCCAGUCCAGACACACGGCCAGGGUGUGCAGGGGUGGACAGAGGAGACGCGCCGUGCUGUACCGCAGCCUGUUGCACCGUGAUGAGGAGGAGGACGAAGGUCACUACACCCCUCCACCCAUGCUGUGCCCCGUCAGGGUGGGGCCAGGGUUGUACUGCUCCCUGACCACCAGGGGGCGUCAGAGAACCCAGACUGUGCAGAUCCACAGCUCGCACGAUGAUCCUGUUGCCAUGGAGACGGCUGCUCCGCCCCCCGGAACGCUAAGGACAGGACUCAGUAAGCCGCGGAUCAAUGUGGGGCAGGGCUUCCAGGCUCAAAUCCCACCUCUACAGGACAGAAAACACGCCCACUCAGACUCCCACAAUGCACUGCGGCUGUGGACGCCGCGGGACGGGCUGGAGAGUCCUGUCAGUCAGCAGAGAGUUGAAGCUCUGUUGAUGAUGGCUCGCUCCAGCGUGGUGCCAGGGGGCGGGGCCAGCCCAGAGUCUGCCCUCCAUGUCCUAUCAGAAUGCAGAGGAGACUUCCUGCUGACGGUGGAGAAGCUGCUGUCACCUCCUGAAGUCUCCAACAACCUCCACCCGGCUCAGCAGAGUACACGUGUGAGCUGGAGUGCAGCAGAGAGGAGGCUGAUGGUUAAAUCCCUGCAGCUUCAUCACAAAGACUUCAGCAGAGUCCAGAGAGAUGUUCAGACCAAGUCGCUCUCCCAGUGUGUGGAGUUUUACUACCUGUGGAAGAAGAAGCUGAGCCUGAGCGCGAGGACCUCUGCCGGCCUGACCGUCAGUCUGCCUGACGCCCACGGCCAAAAGUCAUCAAAGAUCACAUGAUGCAUCAACAACCAAUGGACUGUGACCUGCUGGGGCUGCACACUACACACACACACACACACUCACACACUCUCACACAUUCACACACACACACACACACUCACACACACUCACACACACACACACACACACACACACACACUCACACACACACACACACACUCUCACACACACUCACACACACACUCACACACACUCUCACAGGUUGUGUUUUAUCUCAUGUCUGAUGUCAUGUUGUUGUGUGGAUGAGAACAUUAAAACAGUGAAGUUUU